GUUACGAUACAAACUAUGUUGGAAAAUGAUUUGAGGAAAAGAUUUUAUGUACAUUCAUGAUUUCUGCCUUGAAAGUUUUGCUUCUUUGUUAGGUUCACAGAAUCAGCUUGAAGCUGUAAUUAAAACUAAAAAAGUAAAGUGAAACUGUCAGGAAUAUUACAUGACACUUUAAAAGAUAUAUUCACAAGGGACAAACUUGAAAGUUACAAAAAAGGCAUAGAGUGAAAAGUCUACCGCAGUCUCUAGUCACUCAUUUUUGCUCCAGCCACUCCUCUUUGUAAACAAUAGUGUUGCCAGUAUCUUGUGUCUCUUUCCAGAGACUGUGUAAAAGCAAAUAAUUUAUUUAAAAAUUGUUUAUAUUUGAAUAGGUGAUGCAUAUAGAUGGCAAGAAAAUUCAAAAGGGCAGGCAGUAAAAAUUUUCUUUGCCUACCUACAGCUCCGCUGUUUCUGUUCCCUCUGUAGAGACAGUCAUCAUUUCUUAUGUAUACUGGAUGUUGUCUAACAAUAUGGAGGCAUUAUUAGUGUACAAAUGAUGGUUUUAUGAGCAAUCCCAAGUGUAGUAUUUAUUAGGAUAGUGCAUUAAAAUGAUAAAGUUAAUCAUACAUAGGAAAUUAUUGCAAAGUUUGGGAAAGAUUCAAUAAAGUAGCCAUUGUACAUGGCUUUCAAAAUUUCAAACACAGGUGUGCACUUCUUAACCUCUCUUCUUUAUGGAGUAUUGUAAUCUUGGUAUAAGUAAUUAGGAAAAUAUGAAACAAGAAUAUAGAAUUAAGUUGAGAACAUUUUGUUUCCAGGAUCUGGGAAAGAAACAAGUUUAUGCACUCAAAAGUGAUUGUAGGGCAUCUCUGUGCUCUACGACAUGGGUUAAGUUGGUUUCAAGCAGAGCCCUUCAGGUGCAGAUAAGCCUCCAGAGCCUCAGAUGUCGCUGUGGUCCCGCGGUGGGAGAGGGCGUGCGUCUCUGUGGUUAUAAAGUUGGGGGCGGAGAAGCGUAGAGUGGCUGGGAGAUGAUGGCUGAUGAAGAGGAAGAAGUCAAGCCGAUCUUGCAGAAAUUGCAGGAACUAGUGGAUCAGCUCUAUUCAUUUCGAGACUGCUAUUUUGAGACACAUAGUGUUGAGGAGGCUGGAAGGAAGCAACAGGAUGUGCGAAAGGAGAUGGAAAAGACCCUACAGCAGAUGGAAGAAGUAGCGGGUUCUGUCCAGGGCAAGGCACAAGUUCUAAUGCUAACUGGGAAAGCACUAAAUGUGACUCCUGACUAUAGCCCUAAAGCUGAGGAGCUUCUGUCAAAGGCUGUGAAGCUGGAGCCCAAGCUGGUGGAAGCCUGGAACCAGCUGGGCGAGGUGUACUGGAAAAAAGGGGAUGUUGCAGCUGCCCACACCUGCUUCAAAGGAGCUCUCACCCAUGUGAGCUGCCCACUAUUCCUUUGGAAAACACAGAUGGGAAGGAUGAAUUUCUUUGGUUCUUGCAGAAACAAAGUCUCUUUGCAAAACUUGUCAAUGGUGCUUCGCCAGCUGCGGACUGACACUGAAGAUGAACAUUCUCAGCAUGUCAUGGACAGUGUCCGACAGGCUAAGUUAGCUGUUCAGAUGGAUGUCCAUGAUGGCCGCUCCUGGUAUAUUCUUGGGAAUUCAUAUCUUUCUCUUUACUUCAAUACUGGCCAGAACCCCAAGAUCUCCCAACAAGCCCUCAGUGCCUAUGCCCAAGCAGAGAAGGUUGACAGGAAAGCUUCUAGCAAUCCUGACCUUCAUCUGAACAGGGCGACGUUGCAUAAAUAUGAAGAGAAUUAUGGGGAGGCCCUGGAGGGCUUCUCUCGGGCUGUAGCCCUGGACCCUGCCUGGCCAGAGCCCCGGCAACGAGAGCAACAACUUCUGGAAUUCCUGGAUAGAUUAACCAGCCUCCUUGAGAGUAAGGGAAAGGUGAAGGCCAAAAAGCUGCAGAGCAUGCUGGGAAGCUUGCGCCCAGCCCAUCUAGGCCCUUGUGGUGAUGGACACUAUCAGUCAGCCUCUGGGCAGAAAGUGACCCUAGAGCUUAAGCCACUGAGUACACUGCAGCCUGGGGUGAACAGUGGUGCCGUCAUCCUGGGAAAGGUGGUAUUUAGCCUCACCACAGAGGAGAAAGUCCCCUUUACAUUUGGCCUGGUAGAUUCAGAUGGACCUUGCUGUGCAGUGAUGGUAUACAAUAUAGUGCAGAGCUGGGGAGUGCUCAUUGGAGACUCGGUAGCCAUCCCUGAGCCCAACCUGCGGCUUCACCGAAUUCAGCACAAGGGAAAGGACUAUUCCUUUUCCAGUGUUCGAGUGGAGACACCCCUCCUGCUAGUGGUGAAUGGGAAGCCUCAGGGCUCUGGCAGUCAGGCUGCUGCCACAGUGGCAUCGCGACCACAGUGUGAAUGACCUUCUUUGACUUUCGUGCUCAACAGGGAGUGGAGGAGAGGAGACAAGGCCCUGGGCAGCUGGUCCAGCCACAUUCAGUCAUUCAGUAGGGAUGGGAGGAAUGUUUUAAAUGAAGACUUUCCUUUCCCUGCCUGUAUUACACUUUGUAUUUCUUCUCUCUCUGUCCUCAUGAUGUUCCAGCUGUCUCCAGGGCCACAUACUCUUCUGGCAUAUCUCUCCUGCCUCUUCCACUGCUCUCUAUGUUUUAAGAAAACAACAUGGAAUUGGUAGAAGUCUCGGGAGCUUACCAUGGGACAGAGUCCCCAAGUCUCCUGUUCUUGCCUCCUUCUUAAGCCUCAUAUGUAUAUAUCAGUUCAAUAUUUAUUGCUAAAGGAGGGGGCUUAAUUUUAUAAUGGCUUUUUUUUUUUGAGCAAUUUUUAUUUUUAUUUGUAAAAUUUAGGUCCUUCCCCUUCUUCGGGGCUGGAACAGAAUUAAAUUUGUUUGGAAAAAAAA